AUGGUUGGUAAAGGAAAAACCCUUCCUUCGACUGCUUCAAAAAAAUCUGGUUCCCGUAGCAACAAAGCCGGUCUCCAAUUCCCUGUUGGUCGUAUCGCCCGGUUCCUCAAAAGGGGAAAGUAUGCCAAGCGUGUUGGUACCGGAGCUCCGGUAUUCCUUGCUGCGGUCCUUGAGUACCUUGCAGCUGAGGUUCUUGAAUUGGCUGGAAACGCUGCGAGGGAUAACAAGAAGACACGGAUCAUUCCAAGGCACAUUCAGUUGGCCGUAAGGAGUGAUGAUGAACUGAGCAAAUUGCUUGGAGAUGUGACGAUUGCGAAUGGUGGUGUUAUGCCAAACAUUCACAACAUUCUGCUGCCUAACAAGAAGAGUAGCUCCUCAAAGCAGGCCGCCGCUGCCAUUGAGGAAGAGGAGGAGGAGGAUUAG